AUCCCAACAUCCCCUGCACUCAGUUCCUCUGUAACUUAAGGCUCCAGUGUGCCGCGCAGUGUGCGCAAAUUCAUAAACCCGCCAGCUGAGUUGGUGGUUUCGGAAUCCUGAGACUUGAAACCAGGCGGGAAGACCCUUCUCACCCUCCGAAGAAGAUGACACCCGCAGAGAGUCACCUUCUGUUUACAUGGAACUCAGACAUCUUCUGCAAAUCAUGAUUUCAAGGCCAGAGAAUGGCAGGGGAACAGAAACCCUCAAGUAACCUCCUGGAGCAGUUUAUUUUACUAGCCAAAGGUACCAGUGGCUCAGCCCUCACUGCUCUCAUAAGCCAGGUCUUAGAGGCCCCUGGAGUGUAUGUCUUUGGAGAACUUCUGGAACUGGCCAAUGUGCAGGAGCUUGCAGAAGGAGCUAAUGCUGCUUAUUUGCAGUUGUUGAACCUGUUUGCCUAUGGGACAUACCCAGAUUACAUAGCCAACAAGGAGAGCCUGCCAGAACUGAGCACAGCUCAGCAGAACAAGCUGAAGCAUCUUACCAUCGUGAGCUUGGCAUCAAGAAUGAAGUGUAUCCCCUACUCUGUGUUGCUGAAAGACCUGGAGAUGCGGAAUCUCCGGGAACUAGAAGACCUCAUCAUUGAGGCUGUCUACACUGACAUCAUCCAGGGCAAGCUGGACCAGCGAAACCAGCUGCUGGAAGUGGAUUUCUGCAUUGGCCGUGACAUCCGAAAGAAGGAUAUCAAUAAUAUUGUCAAGACCCUGCAUGAAUGGUGUGACGGCUGUGAAGCAGUUCUGCUGGGCAUCGAGCAGCAAGUUCUGAGAGCCAACCAGUACAAAGAGAACCACAACCGAACUCAGCAGCAGGUAGAAGCAGAGGUAACCAACAUCAAGAAGACACUCAAAGCCACCGCAUCCUCUUCGGCUCAGGAGAUGGAGCAGCAGCUGGCUGAACGGGAGUGUCCCCCUCACGCUGAGCAGAGGCAGCCCACCAAGAAGAUGUCCAAAGUGAAAGGUCUGGUCUCCAGCCGUCACUAGGGCCGGCUGGGGCAGCUGGCACUCACCAGGCCUGGGUCAGGUGCAGAGGGGACACCAAGGACCCAUUUCCUCCCCCCUCUACCUGCAGUGAGUUCCAGACCUGCCCGUCCCCUCACCAGCGCCUCCCCACCCUCUUGGUACUGUUCCAGAAAAACUGUUACUCCCCCUCACCCACUCCCUCCUCCCCCAGUUGUUCCUUCAGACUCAGGGGCUCCGCCAAUGCCAUCCCAACAGGGUCAGACACUGCCCAGCUUCCCUCCAGGAGGUUCUUGUCUCUGUGUAAGGGCUUGUCUCCCUCCCAGUUUUUCUUUUGCUCCAUGUCGUUUUGUAAGGCUGGUUACAAGCUGGAGGCAGCUUUAACCAGCCCCUAGGGAUGACUGUGAAGGAGGCCCCUCCCCUUGUGAGGAGGAGGUGUUCCUUUCCAGCCCCUCAUACCCCAGUCCCCAUGAUGGUGCAGCGAUCUCUAGCCAGGCGUUCAGAUGCUCUGCUUUCCCUCUUCUGCCUCAUCCCUUGUUGGCAGCUCCAGUUCAGGCCGUGGAGGGAUGUGAUGCUGGGCUAUGUUUACUAAACCCACGGGUUUUCAGCCUCUUAAGUCCAGCUUCGAUCUCUAAUUAAUUGGGAGUGCUGGGUUGACUAACCUCUGGUAUCUGAGCACAGACAGAGGGUGCUGUGGGUCUGCUGGGUGGCAGAAGUGGUUCCUUCCGGCUUGGUGUUCUCUCCUGGCCACUAUUCCUGCUGCCUCUGACUACUCAGCCUUGUAUUUGGUGUGUAACCCCAGCUACCCACUGGGGCUGCCAGCUAAUGCUUGCUCUCCUGAGAUCUUUAACUCCUCCUGGCUCCACCUGGGUAGGGUUGGUGGCACCGAUGCCCCUCUGUCUGCUGAAGGACCUGUUGCUGCUUCCGUCUAUCUUUCCACCCCUCCUUGGUGAUGACCCAGAGCCCUCUGAUGAUGGCAUUCUCCUGGCAAGAGAAAAGGACUUAACUAGACUUCUGAACUUGAACAGUUUCAGGUUAUAUUUUAAUUUUUUUUUUUUGUACAGGUUCUGAUUCUAAUACAUUUCAACAUGCUUUUGUUC